AUGAUUAAAGUAAAAGAUGUUAUGGGUGGUUAUCAGGACUGUAGAGCUCUUAUCGACAGUGGGUCUCAAAAUUCUCUAAUAUCGGAAGAUUGUUUUCAGCAGUUGGGUCUUAAUUCAGCUACUUGUAAUUGCACCAUAAAGGGAAUAGGAAAUUCAAUCACAAGUCAAUCGAGUAAAAUGGUAAAAUUAGAAUUCACACCCUAUUUCAAUUCAAAUAAAUUCUUUAUGGAUGCAUUGGUUGUUAAAAACCUAACUAUUGAUUUACCCAACUGCAAUAUGACCAAUGUAAAUUGGCCUCAUCUUAAAAGUUUAAAACUAGCAGAUCCGCAGUUCCACAUUUCCAGACCAGUGGACAUAAUAAUCGGUGCUGAUGUUUUUCUAGACCUGAUAGAAGGUGAACAAAUAAAAAACAAACAUAAUGCUCCGGGUGCAUUAGAUUCUAAAUUGGGUUGGUUGCUGAUGGGAAAGGUUUCAUCAUAUUCUCCAAAAUCUAAAAGUUACACAUUUCAUCAUGAUGUAAAUCAAGAAUUGGAUUUAACCCUCCAAAAGUUCUGGGAGUUGGAUUCAAUUCCAAACGAAGACAAGGACAAUUUAAACAGCGAGGAAAUUACAUGCGAACAAUUCUACGAAAACACAACUAAACGGGAUAUUAGUGGAAAAUAUACAGUAAAGUUACCUUUUAAAAGGGAAAUUGACUUGGGCGAGUCCAGGACUAAAGCCGUUUCGAGGUUUCUAUCUCAAGAAAAGAAAUUUGAAAAAGACAAAAUUCUUGCUGAACGUUACAAGGGUUUUAUGCAAGAAUACAUAGCUUUAAAUCACAUGGAGUUAGUACCCGAAAAUGAAAAGCUAAAUUCUAAAUCUUUUUACAUGCCUCAUCAUGGUGUGAUUCGAGAGCAAAACACAACUACUAAACUUAGAGUAGUAUUCGAUGCUUCUGCAAAAUCGUCAGAAAACAUAUCCCUAAAAGAUAUUCUACACAAGGGUCCUAAACUUCAGUUAGAUUUAAGUUUUAUUCUAAUGAAUUUCAGAACUCAUUCAAUCGCACUAACCGCGGAUAUUGAAAAAAUGUUUAGAAUGAUAACAGUGUCUAAGGAAGAUUGUGACUUCCAAAGAAUUAUUUGGCGAACCGAUUCAACUAGUGAAAUCAAAGAUUACAGGCUUUUAACAGUCACAUACGGCACUGCAUGUGCACCUUAUUUAGCAGUAAAGACUAUUCAGCAACUUGCUGCAGAUGAGCAGUCUUUAUUCCCUAAAGCUGCAGAAAUCGUAAAAACAGAUUUCUAUAUGGAUGAUCUACUUACAGGCGCGGAUUCAACAUCAGAGGCUCGAAAUAUCGUCCUUGAAAUGAAUGAAUUAAUGAAAAAAGGUGGGUUCACUUUGCGUAAGUGGUUAUCAAAUGACCCGAAGGUAAUAGAAUUCUUGCCCGAAGACUUAAAAGCGACUACUUAUCCUAAAGAACUGGGGGAAGAACACUCUAUUAAGGUACUGGGUAUUGAGUGGGAUCCUAUAACAGAUUACUUUAGAAUACAAAUCAAGCCACCAAGCGAACUAAUGGGAAACUUACCCAAAGAAAGGGUAAUUCCUGCUCGAGCCUUCUCAAAAUGUGGAUUAGAUUUCGCUGGUCCAGUAAUUACAAAACCGAAUCUUAAGCGAUGGAAAGUAGUGCAAUGUAUUCGUAACAGGUUCUGGAACAGAUGGUCUCAAGAGUUUCUAACAGAGAUGCAAGAGAGAUGCAAGUGGCGUAAGGCGACUUCAAACGUCAAAGUGGGUCAACUGGUGCUGCUGAGGGAGGACAACCGGCCGCCUCUGCAUUGGUGUCUCGCCCGGAUAACUAAAGUCUACCCUGGAGAUGAUGGUUUAGUGCGAGUCGUCGACGUGAAAACCUCAUCGGCUGUCUACAAACGAUCAAUUACGAAAAUAGUGGCCUUGCCGUAUGAAGAAUUUAAUUUUGGAUUGUCAUCCAACGCGGGGGAGCAUGGAGAGUCUCCGCCCCGAAAUGCAAAUUAG